AUGGCAAUCCUCACAAUCCCGAAGCUUGCAGAUGAGCUCUUCCUGCUACCCAUCGUAAUAUCGCUGAACAGCUUGGCCGUGUCUUCCCUUAUGUCCUAUGUCAUGUCUGACAAUGGGAAUAUCGACUGGAGACCGAUAACCAUCUGCGCGACAGCGGACAUCCUUGCGAUGGGCGCUGACCAUCUUAAGGAUAGAGAGGAGGAAUUUUCGUCUAACCCCAAUAACGCAAACAACCCACGCCUCGCCUCUUGCUUUGUAUACGCACGAACCUUCCUCACCGCCAGCGCUGUGCUCCUUGCACUAGCACUAUCUCAAUGUCCACUUUCGACCCUCCUCACCACGGCAGCCUUCUUAGCCCCUGCCUUGCUCUGGAACAUUCCGAUCAGCUUUAAUAUUUUUGGGCUGAUUUCGAGGCGCCUCCUCGGGAGGUCUGUUAAAGACAGCCACCAGCCUUUUAAAUCUGCACCUACUUUUGUUAUCAAGCGCGUCCCUGGCAUGAAAGUCAUAUUUAGUGGUAUCAUUCGAGGAUGUGGCAUCUACACUGUUGUCCUCACCAUAUUGUCGGGAUCAGGGAAUCUGGCUGGCACGCUACCGUCUCCGUGGAGUACUAUUCAACUGAUAGUCUGGUCAACGGUCAAUCGCGCAUGCCACGGAACCAUGAACGAUGUCCGUGAUUUUGAAGACGAUCUGAAGACCGGCGUCCCCACCAUACCCGUCCUUCUCGGAUCCGUCCGCAAGACGAAGGUGUUAUUGACGGCUUGUCAUAUGCUCGUUAUGUUGGCCUUCAUCGAAAAUAUAUACAUCAUGGGGAGCAGCUUAUUCGCCAUAGCUUUGGUAUGGAUGCUUGACCAGCACUCGCCGAAAAAGGCGUCUUUGCUGGGCUCUCAUUCGCAGACCUUUUUCAUCAUGUGGUACUUGUUGACGAAGGUUGCUUAG